AUGGAGUGGAAUCCGAGUCUUUUCUUUCGUCCCGAGGGAAGUCCUUCACCAUAUGCGCUGUUGAUCUUGAACCAGCCAAUCAAUGAGAAGGCAUUUGAGGUUCUAAAUGAAUAUGCUUCUUAUAUCAUAUGCGCUGAUGGUGGGGCCAAUCGGCUAUACGAUUUGACGAAGAGUCAAGGGAAAGAGUCAAUAAUACUUCCUAAUACCAUCGUUGGGGACUUGGACUCGUUAAAUCUAAAAAUUAGACAGCAUUAUGAGGACCUCGGAGUAACCAUCUUGGAAGAUCCAGAUCAAUACUCAACCGAUUUCACGAAAUGCUUGAAACACCUCAAUACGCAUUCAUCAGAGAUCAUUGCCUCGCCUCGGAAACAGCGGAAAGAUUCCACCUCUGGAUCAAAAUGGGCACCAGACUCAGUACUUGAGAUUGUCAUUCUUGGGGGUCUCGGUGGUCGUGUGGAUCAAGCCUUUUCUCAGAUUCAUCAUUUAUACAUGAUGACUCGGGCCCAACGAGAACUUCGUGAAACACCACAAUAUCAAGAUCAAGAUCAACAGGGAUACAAGAAGCCAUCUGCUGCAGGUGGAAACCUCUAUCUCGUCUCCGAGGAAAGUAUUACGUUUGUUUUACAGCAAGGGAAGAAUAUUAUUUAUACACCAGGCACAAGAAGGCCUGAUAUUGCUCAAGCUGCAUUGGACACUGGUUCUCAGCCCGAGAACUCUUCUGAAGCGACGCUUAAACGUAAGCGGGACGUGGAAGGAACAGAGUAUUUCUUCGAGGAGAAUAUCGGUAUUAUUCCCUUGUCUGCUCCAGCGUCUAUUACAACGCAAGGCUUUGAGUGGGAUGUUCAAGACUGGCAUACAGAGAUUGGGGGUCAACUGUCUACGAGUAAUCAUAUUCGGGCAGAAAAGGUCGAGAUAGAGACUUCGGUAUCAGUACUAUUCACGGUGGAGUUGGCGCAAAGACUAAAGCGAUGA